UGGAAGUCUUAUUACUACAAAAUAUUAUAUGUUUCCUACUUUGCAGAUAACUCAGGAGGCUGGAUAAUUCAUGUACACUUUACCAUAUGGCUACCAUGCUGGUUUUAAUCAUGGUUUUAACUGUGCAGAAUCUACGAAUUUUGCUACUGUCAGAUGGAUCGACUAUGGAAAAGUUGCCAAAUUGUGCACUUGCAGAAAAGACAUGGUGAAAAUUUCAAUGGAUAUCUUUGUGAGGAAAUUUCAGCCAGACAGAUAUCAGCUUUGGAAACAAGGAAAGGACAUAUACACCAUUGAUCACACGAAGCCUACUCCAGCAUCCACCCCUGAAGUAAAAGCAUGGCUGCAGAGGAGGAGGAAAGUAAGAAAAGCAUCCCGGAGCUUCCCGUGUGCUAGGUCUACCUCUAAAAGGCCUAAGGCUGAGGAGGAAGAGGAAGUGUCAGCUGAAGUCAGUGGGGCAGAGGUCCCUAACGCUGACUCAGGCACAGAUGACCUCAAGGUCAGUGAAAAGCCUGAAGAAUCAGCGAAGCUGAGGAACACAGAAGUACCUUCAGAAGAAGAGGACUCUGCUAGCAGCAUGCAGGUGGAUCAGAAUUUACCUGAUCAUAUGAAACUCUCAGGAAGCAGCUGCUUAAGUAUAUCGGUAACAGAAGAUAUAAAAACUGAGGAUGACAACACUUAUGCAUAUAGAAGUGUACCUUCUAAACCCAAUGAGGCUGAUGAUUCCAUUCCAUUAUCUAGUGGCUAUGAGAAGCCCAAGAAAUCAGACUCACCCAAGCUGUCAUGGCCAAAAUCACCUGAGUCAUGCUCAUCAGUGGCAGAGAGUAAUGGUGUGUUAACAGAGGGAGAAGAGAGCGAUGUGGAGAGUCAUGGGAAUGGCCUUGAACCUGGGGAAAUCCCAGCGGUCCCCAGUGGAGAGAGAAAUGGCUUCAAAGUUCCCAGUAUAACAGAGGGAGAGAACAAAACCUCUAAGAGUUGGCGCCAUCCACUUAGUAUGCCUCCAGCAAGAUCCCCGAUGACUCUUGUGAAGCAGCAGGCGCCAAGUGAUGAAGAAUUGCCUGAGGUUCUGUCCAUUGAGGAGGAAGUGGAAGAAACAGAGUCUUGGGCGAAGCCUCUCAUCCACCUUUGGCAGACGAAGUCCCCUAACUUCGCCGCGGAGCAAGAGUAUAAUGCAACAGUGGCCAGGAUGAAGCCACACUGUGCCAUCUGCACUCUGCUCAUGCCGUACCACAAGCCAGAUAGCAGCAAUGAAGAAAAUGAUGCUAGAUGGGAGACAAAAUUAGAUGAAGUCGUUAUGUCUGAAGGAAAGACUAAGCCCCUCAUACCAGAGAUGUGUUUUAUUUAUAGUGAAGAAAAUAUAGAAUAUUCUCCACCCAAUGCCUUUCUUGAAGAGGAUGGAACAAGUCUUCUGAUUUCCUGUGCAAAGUGCUGCGUACGGGUUCAUGCAAGCUGUUAUGGUAUUCCUUCUCAUGAGAUCUCUGAUGGAUGGCUGUGUGCUCGGUGCAAAAGAAAUGCAUGGACAGCAGAAUGCUGUCUCUGCAAUUUGAGAGGAGGUGCUCUUAAGCAAACUAAGAACAACAAGUGGGCCCAUGUCAUGUGCGCUGUUGCGGUCCCAGAAGUUCGAUUCACUAAUGUCCCAGAAAGGACACAAAUAGAUGUAGGCAGAAUACCCUUACAGAGGUUAAAAUUGAAAUGCAUCUUCUGCAGACACCGGGUUAAGAGGGUCUCUGGAGCCUGCAUCCAGUGUUCCUAUGGUCGCUGCCCGGCCUCCUUCCAUGUCACUUGUGCCCAUGCUGCUGGGGUACUGAUGGAGCCUGAUGAUUGGCCUUAUGUUGUGAACAUCACAUGCUUUCGACAUAAGGUCAACCCCAAUGUGUUCACAGCACAGAGUAAGCACUCAAAAAAUGAAAGUUGUAUUGCUACUACUGCUUCUACUACUGCUGCUGCUGCUGGUGCUACAAUCUUAUGUGAACUGGGCCACAAAUCCAAGGCUUGUGAGAAGGUCAUUUCUGUGGGUCAGACGGUCAUCACAAAGCAUCGGAACACCCGGUAUUACAGUUGCAGAGUGAUGGCUGUGACAUCACAGACCUUCUAUGAGGUCAUGUUUGAUGAUGGCUCCUUCAGCAGAGACACAUUUCCUGAGGAUAUUGUGAGCCGAGACUGUCUGAAGCUGGGCCCUCCUGCUGAGGGAGAAGUCGUCCAAGUCAAGUGGCCUGACGGCAAACUCUACGGAGCAAAAUAUUUUGGAUCAAAUAUUGCCCACAUGUACCAGGUUGAGUUUGAAGACGGAUCCCAGAUAGCAAUGAAGAGAGAGGACAUCUACACGUUAGAUGAAGAGUUACCCAAGAGAGUGAAAGCUCGUUUUUCCACAGCCUCUGACAUGCGAUUUGAAGACACAUUUUAUGGAGCAGACAUUAUCCAAGGGGAGAGAAAGAGACAAAGAGUGCUGAGCUCCAGGUUUAAGAACGAAUAUGUGGCCGACCCUGUGUACCGCACUUUUUUGAAGAGCUCCUUCCAGAAGAAGUGUCAGAAGAGACAGUAG